UAGUGGUAGUCAUGAGCGCGUCCGCUCUUCAUUCUGACCGACUCGGUGGCCUUUAGUCGACCAGGCAAACCUAUCGAGCGAAGAAGUAAGAAGACUCUCCGCGUGUGCCAAGCGGAUAGAAGCUUGAAUGUGACCGAGAAUGCAGCCCGGAACGAGACGCGAGAGAUUCUAUUCGCCGAUAAUAGUGCUACUGUUGUUCCUAUGUUUGAUCGACUGUACCGCCGCUACGUGGAAAAGGCGGGAGGACAAGACCAAGUGUCCCAAAGUAAAGGGCAUACGAAAUUUUGACAUAUCCGAGUUUCUUGGAUCGUGGUACAUAGUGCAGUAUUAUGCAAGCUCGGAGGAAGCACUCGCAUAUAGAUGCAUGCGAGCCGAAUUGUCGAUUUCGCCUGAAAGCACAGAGGUUACCAUGAAUUUCACUUACAGUUUCACCGAUGAUCCGAUUAAUGAGCAACUUGUUGGCAACAUCACUUGGAAGAUUCCUUCUCCAGAAUUACCUGCUCAUUGGGUACACGCUGAAUAUCCAUAUGAGGGCGUGUACAAUACAUACGUACUUGAUUCGGACUACAAAUCGUGGGCAUUACUAAUGCAUUGCGCGGAACAGAGCAAAAGUCCUCGAUAUUUAUCGAGCUUCAUCAUGAGUCGAGAGCCAAGUCUUGGAGCUAACGUUAUUUCUUAUCUUCGCGAGAAAUUGCCCAAGUAUGAUAUCGAUCUGGAGUACAUGUUUGCUAUGGAUCAGAAUCAGUGUAACAAGACAGAAACUUCUGGAAUGGACCUGCUUCUCCCACCUUCGAUAAUACUUAAAAGAAAUAACAUGACACGGAAACAUCCACUGAAAAGGAAGCAUCGACGUAUUUGAAUUUAACAUGGAAUUGUUGUUUAAAUAGCAAUGAAAAGAUGACUAAGAGAGAGGAACAGUUCCUUCUUUAAAGAUGAAAAAUAGAUACGGCUAAAGUUCCUCUGGAACUGUGAAUAAUUAUGUAAACAUUUAGUACAGUAAACUUUCUUUGUGGACGGUCAUGAUAUUAAAUAAAUUAAAAUAUUAAAAUAUUAAA